CAGGUGCGAAAGCACCUGCUUCUCCCAUGUGGACAGUUGUGACAUUUCGACACGUGCAUCUGUUUGUGUUUCUGUUAUGUCUCCUCCCUGUCCUGUCAUUGGUUGUGGUGUCACGUGUGUCCUCUUGCAUGUUUUGGAUUACGUUUCUGGAUCACGUUUUGGAUUUACCUGCCUGUGUUUCUCAAUAAAGAAAACCGUUCCAACUGCGCUUGCAUCCGUCCUAUCUUCCUCUACGUCACGUUACGUGACAGUAGAGUUAAAUAUCAAAAAUCUAAAAGGUGUGCGUCAUACCUGACACCUAGAAGAACAUUUUUAGAAACGUGUAAAACAAUGUCGUAUGUAACUUUAGAGACGGUCCCUUAAUUACCGCAUAUCUGAGAAUAUCGAACGUCCAACGUGACACCAACUUUAUUCCAGUCAACGACAAAGCAACAGUGUGACGUUGUUUGUUUGUUAGUUUGUGUUUCAAGCGUCCGCGACAUUCCAAAAUAGAAUACGCGCUCGCGCUGCUGUUGUUGCUGUCGUUCCAUAACUGUUAACUAAGAGAAAGGAGAAAACGGACGCUCGAGAAACGUUUAUUCAACACAACAAUGCUCCGACAUCUCAAACGAAGAGCUCAAAUAUCAUUCAAGAAACUGGAAGAACAGCAGACUUUACUAAAGGAAGACAACAAGACCAUCAAAACCCUCGAGUAUGGAAAACUUCUGGAAGCAGAACACGGCAGAAAUGAGUUUCCAACCCAAGAAGGUGAAACAGUCCCGGUUGAUAAGACGGAUAAUACCGUUAACACACCUGCUUCUCCAGCUCCAGUGAGGUCCUGUAAAGAAGUAAGUUCCUCUUGCAGUUUCCAUCCUGAACUGGAGCCGCGUUUCACCGUCGCGCACGCGGAGUCUGUCACACCUGUCACACCUGUCACGCGCAGCGUCGAAGCGGCUACAGAGGGCGUGAGCUUCCCUCAGCUUCCCUCAGGAACAGAUGAUUAUAACACAGCAAACUACAAAAAUAGAAAAGGCUACAUCAAGAAGCCCAUGAACGCCUACAUGGUUUGGGUGAGGACACAGUGGUCUAUCUUGUGCAAGGCCAACCCGAAUGCCAGCUUUGCAGAGAUCAGCAUGCUGCUUGGGAUCGGGUGGAGGAACCUGAGUGAAGAACAGAAGAAACCCUACUACUCAGAGGCACGGAGGCUUAAACAGAAACACAGAAAGAAAUUUCCUGAUUGUGUUCAUAAUGCGGAGACGAGAAAGAGAUUCAGCCCAGAAGUGGAACCUCUGCACACUACCUCUAAUGCCUCACCAACCGUACCCCUGGCACAUCCUCAGAGAUCUGCGCCUCAGAACAUCCCGGUAGCAUCACCCAGAAACUCCAGCGUGCAGUACUCAGCCAUGCAGACCAAUCCAAUGUUCUCUGUCAUGGACAUGCCAAGAGAAGUACCACUCCAUGGCCUGGUGCCUGGAUCUAGUGGCCAGUUAACUGGCCUUGCCCGCUCACGGGUACCACUGUCUCCUGGAGAUGUCCUCGUUGCCCCAUCUUGUUUCCCUUUUGUUCCACCAUUCUACAUGCCUAGGCUGCCAUUCUGCCAGACCAGGAUUAUGCCUUCUGUAGAGAACCUGGGGCACAAACACACAGCAACGACACCCAAAACAGCACAGACGUCCUGACUUCUGUACCAGUCCUGGACAUACAUGCCUCGGAGAAUUUGUUCAACAGCCUUGCUUAGAGGGGCAACGUUUCCGAAGUGGAGGACAGUGGUGAAAUUCAAAUGCUUAGAGUGCUUUAGUGUACAUGCUGUCAUGCUCAUCUUCAGUUCAUAUUUAUUUCUAAUGAGUUUUAGUGUGCAUUUAAAUAAAGGUUUUUAAAGCCAACGUCCUAAUGUGUGAUUAUCAA